UUUCCUCAACACGUGAAACAAAUCAUUAAACAUUAUUUUUAUCAACAAUGUAGACUACUUAGACUACUCAGUAGUACUUACUAUUUACUUAAUUUGACUUAGAGAUUAGUUAAUAUUAUUAGAGUAAAUAAUUAAAUUAUCUAAUCAGACUUUAAUUCGUGUAUUUUUAUUAUGUAAACUACGGUCAUUGGGAGUAGUUUCAUUCAUAGCAGUAAAAAUGUCCACUGCAACAACAUUAACGCCUUCAAAUUAUGAUCAAAGCAAGCCUGAGACAACCUCUAAAAGUGUUUCCCGAAGACCACGAUUUGUUGUAAAACCUAACAUUCGGCCAGGUCCUUCUAAGGCAACAGCUCCUGCAAAGACAAAACCAAUAACAGCAGAGGCAACUACACCUUCCUCAAAAUCACAAGCUGCCAAUGAAGAUAUUGUACAGACUUCACUUGAUCAAACAGAUAACAACACUGAUAAUACUAAGUCUAGCCAAGAGAUUUUGAAAGAAAGUGCUUCUAAAAAUGAUGUAUCAUCAUUGGAGAAAGUAAAAACUAAUCAGGAUGUCACAGUCAGUGAUUUUGAUAGCAGUUCUUUAGAAAAGACAAGGCCAGAAGAGGAAAAUAAUUUAGAAAUUUCUGUAACAAAGACAUCUGUAGUGAAGGAUGAACAGCCAUCUAUUCUUGGCCAGGGUGGGGAUUCAGUCUCUGAUGGCGAUGCUGAGCCAACACAAACUUUAAAGGAGAUUAACCCAAAACUCGAGCAGAUUAAAGGCAAAGAGGAGAGUAAAGGCAGUACUGAGCCAUCCUUGUCCGAGGUUGAUGUCUCCUGCAUGUCUGAUGCCCUGUCUUUAGAAGCAGAUGAAGAAAGACAAGCUGAUGCUGAUGAUGAUGUGAAGAGAGUUAGACGAAAAAAGACAAAGAAAGUACGAACUGAGCCUCUUCCCAGCAGAGAAAAAUCACCUGAUCGACAGAAGAUGAAAAUGAGUGAUCUACUUUGCUGGAAUCCCCAACAAAACUUCCUACAGAGGAAAAAUAAGAAAAAGUCAACUACCAAUGUCAGCACAAACUCACCAGUGGCAGCGGCGGCACCCAUUUCGGUGGAAGACAAGGAAGAGAGUAAUCAGAGCGUGUCAUUGCCAGCUCCACAAAUUAUGAUUGGUCCUGAUGGGAAUGUUGUGCUCAACACUGAAAGUUUAAUGAUUCAAACAGUGCAGGAAGACCACACGCCACGAGAGGUAAUUGAAGAGGAUGAUGAAGAUCGUUAUUUGAAUACAAAUACUUACAGGAAACACAAACAAACAAAGUUUUGGACAGAAGGAGAGACUGAAAGAUUUUUUAUUGGGCUUAGCAUGUGCGGAACAGAUUUUUCUUUACUCACUAAUCUCAUGACUAACCGCUCAAGGAGGGAGCUUAAGAAUAAAUUUCAAAGAGAAGAAAGAAGGAAUAGACCGCUGGUGGAUAAAGCCUUGGCAAAUCGCCAACGUUAUGACCCCUCAGUUCUAGAAAAACUGCUCUCAGAAGAGGAGGAGAGGCUAAAGCGUUUGGUCAAGAAGAAAGCUAAGAAAAUGACAGAAAAGAAACAAAGACAGAAAAGGAAAGGAAGAAAGAGAAAGAAGGUAGAUUCAGAAGACGAAGAAGAUGAUAUGGGACCAGAGUAUGAUGAAAAUGAAGAACAGGAAGAAGCCUCCAAAGUUCCGGCUAAAAAGAGUAAAAGUAACAGAGACAAAGAUUCCAACGUACUUUUUGUCUUGCAGUCUCCAGACAGGGGCUUCCCACCAUAUGGGUCUGAGACCCCCAACACAAACAGGUCAAUCAGCAUUGGGAGAACUGACUCGCAAGGAGAGGCAGCGUUCUCCACCAAGCAACCGCAGAGUAGCAACAUCAUUGACAGCACCGCCUUCACCAACAUUCAGUCAAUCCCAGGCUCCACCCAAGUUCAGAUUGAAAUGGAGGGGGUCAGUACACCAGUUCAAGGUGUUCUCAUUCCGUCAACCAUGGUACCCAUUAUUGGCCCUCAUCUGGGAAUUCCGGACAACCUUGGUUCUAUUCAGAUUCUUCUAGUUCAGGAAGAUUCAGCCUCUGGAAAUCUUGUUCAUGUUUACGUCAUUCCUGAAUCUGAUAAAGAGACCAACCCUGUACCUACCUCCGCCGCACCAGGUCCGGGGGGCCUCUCAGUACUUAACUCUCCUAUUCCAAGCCCCCACCCACAGAGUCCACUUCCCAAAUCCCACCACCCACAAACAAAUGGUCACACAGGCUACAAUGCCUUAAAAAGCCCACCUGAACCUAGAAAUCCUCAUUUCGUCGUGCCAUCUUCCAACAGCACAGACUUGCAUUUAUCAACAAACCAAUUGACUACUGAACAACGAUGUCAGACCACAGCUUCCUCCCCACAAAUUGCGUCACACACAGGGAAUACCUCAGAGACAUGGACUUCAAUCACAUGUACCGCCAUGUAUGACACCACCGAACGUGUGCUGCCUGUUGGACAACACACAACCUCCAGCAACUCUCAUAGUGUAGUGUUCUCACCUCCCUUUGCUUCUACCUCAGUGGUUCAUACACAGGCAGCAAACUUUGCCUCACAAGCCCAAAGUAAUGACAGUCAUAAUAAUGCCCAGGAAACAUUUCUUGAGGAUGACAAUUGUGUGAUCAUAGUUGAAAACUCAGAUUGUACAAACCGGAAAGCUACUUUCAUUAAUCUUUAACUAGAAUUGACCCCCAUUCCCUCCCCCCUUCUACCUGUGUUGUUUGUGUAUAUGUAUAUUACACUUUAAUGUAAAACAAUGUUUUGUUUCACAUUUUUUUUGUCUGUUACUUUGUUCCUGAUAUAUUUAUUUCUAAUUUUAUUUUGUGUACAUCUGAUUUUUCUUUAAAUACGUGUAACAUUUAAAAGAAAAUCCUGGUGCUUGGUUUUUGCUGAUGUCAUGCUGAAGAAUUUGUUUCUGUUCAUUUUUUAGUACCAUAGGAGGAUAGUCUCAGAAAUAAUACUAGGGGUCAUCCAUAAAUUACGAGGGGGUAAAGGUCAUAAAGUGUUACAUUACAUAUUCGGGUUUAAAGAAGUAAUCUUUUAGAGUGAAUUUUAAGCUGUUUUGCAUGUUUGAGACUUGUAAUAAAAUUAAUCUUGACCCAUCUUUUAUAAUUUUUUUAAAUUGAUGAGGGUGUGGGAUAAGCUAAAGUGUUAUACUGAUUGUAGUCUGAAUUUUUGUGACACUGGGGGAAAUAAAAUGGUCACAAAAAUGGUGAAUUAAUUUGUGGAUGACCACUAGCAAAGUUGGUGAAUUAAAACCCUGAAAAUAUGUCAAAAUCUUAAUGCCCUAAGCAGUGGUUACAGUUACAGUUUUCUCUUUAAACAACUAAAUCUGGCUCUUAAUGAAUUAAUGCCAUAGUUACUCUGCCUUAUGGAUCAUCAGAUCUUAAUGGGUCCUCUACUUGAGUACAAGAAUUUUUUCCUAAGAACAUCAUUUGUAGACAUGUUUACUGAUUUAUUUUAUUGUAAUUUCUACAUCUUGAAUUCUAAGUAAAUAUUUUUACUGUGACGUCCAGUAUACUGUAAUAAAUAUGUCUGCUGAAACAUUGCCGGUAACACCUGUUCUUUUUCUAAAAAUAUCAUAAUUUUUGUUGCUAUGAUAUUUGAGGCAGCAGAGGACAAUAAUAUUCAUUGAACAAGAUCAAUGUAUUGCCAAUGCAAACUUCCUUCCAGUCAUGUGCCAUUUUCAUUGAUUUUAAUCUGAAAGCUUGAGAUGAUACAGAAAGGAAAUAGGGCGUGGUCGAAUGGUAGAACUUUCAUCUGCUAUCCCAGUUCGGGUCCCAGGCUAGUCGUAGCAUGUCUCUGAGUCCACCCAACCCUAAUGGGUACCUGACUUACAUUAAGGAAAGUUAUGCAGAGGUCACAGAAACUGGUGAACUCUACUUCACCUGCCCUGGGCUGCCACGUCCGAAAAGGAUAUUUACUUUUUACAGAAAGGAAAAACAGAUUUACAAAACUAAUUUACUUGUGAACCUUAAGCAAAAUCUAUUUCUGCAUGUAUCGUCAAAGUGUAUUUUUUAUCCAAUUUGCAUUGAUCUAAAAUAACACUUUUUUAGGAAUAGGUAGUACUAUCAAAACAGAAACAAUUUUUAAAAUGUUAUAAAAUUUAUUUAUAUAUUAGUUAUACAUUUUACAAUUUUAGAUUUAAAUUGCAAUAACCCUUGAUAGUACUUAAACCUUGAAUUUGGAAAAUGUGUGUUGGAUAUACAUGAAAAUAAUUAUAAUUGUUAGUCUGUAAAUAACACUUAGAAAAGUUAUUAUAUUACCACUUCAAAACGACCUCAUUGUUACUAAUGUGUGUUUAAUGAAGCUAUGAUCACUUCUCUUUGGUGUGUGUGUGUGUAAGUUAUAUUACUGGCAUUAAUUACCACCAACGUUUGUGUUGUCAAUGAAUUAACUUCCUACCACUAUUGUUUAAUUGCUGUAUCUGGAUAAAUAGUCAAGCUGUUUGAUUGUGCUUAAGUGGUACACACUCUUGGCUUAUCAGUUGAUGAGAUUACUUGUGUGGGUCGUACCAUACUAGGCUUGGAGUGGAUGGUAGGGCAGCUCAUGCUGCAUACUCUGGGCUCAUUAAAUCUUCAUAAGAUGGUUGAGACAAAUGUAAUUACUAUGGGCAUUUCUCGUUACACGUUAGAUAUUUUUUUGUAAAAUGAGAGAAAAGCAAGCUGUACUUGAUGGUAUAAGACAAAAGUAAAAAUACACAAUUUUUUUGUAAAAAUAAAGUGGCACAUUGAUAUUGUCAAUAAUUAUAAAAAUAAUUUAUUUUGAAAAUGUAAAGGAGCUUUACACUGAUAUUGAUAUACUGACAGUAAAAUAUUUUUUUGUGUGGAGAAAAUGUUUACAUGGAUAUUGUUAUUUUGACAGAUGUUUAAAUAAACUUUAGCUG